AUGGGAUCAAAUGGUGGCUCAAAUAUUACUCCAUUAAGAAAGACUUUGCCAUUGAGAGUUCUUAAACCUGAUGUGAACAACAUUAAGAAUCUUGCUCGGAAGUUGAAGGAAGUACAACGUGUAAUCUUUAUGGGGAAAUUCGGUAAGAUUCUUGAUUUACUUGAAGUUAAUGUACAAGUGGAUGCCCUUACAACGUUGGCCCAAUUCUAUGAUCCUCCUUUUAGGUGUUUCACUUUUAAGGACUUUCAGUUGGCCCCAACGUUGGAGGAGUUCGAACGAAUAAUGGGAUAUCCGAUGAAGGGGAGUAAACCUUACCAAUACAUGGAACACUAUCCCUCACUGAAAACAAUUGCUGAAACGUUUGAUAUCCCUAUAAAGGAAAUAGAAGACAAUAGAACCAACAAAGAUAAUUUGAUUGGAUUUCCAAUAAAAUAUCUUGAGGAGAAAGCAGUAAACUUAGCAAGAGAUGGAAAAUGGGACACUUUCAUGGAUGUGCUUGCCUUAAUUAUAUAUGGAAUUGUUUUAUUUCCAACUAUUAAGGAUUUUGUGGAUUUCAUGGCGAUAGACGUCUUUUUGGCUUACAAGCAUAGAGGGGAGAAUCCAGUACCGGCAGUUUUGGCUGACGUUUACUGCACGCUCGACUUCCGUCAUGAGAAAGAGGGGGGGCUAAUCCAUUGUUGCUCGCCAAUACUCUAUUUUUGGUUUGUCAAACAUAUUUUUCAAGACAUGCAUCACUUAAAAACUAAGAGCAAAAAGGAAUGGGCCAACGUUCUAGCAAAUCUCAACGAAAGAACGAUUCAAUGGUACUCCCGGAGUCAAGAUAUAAAUGAAGUGAUUUGUAGAUGCGGUGUUUUCGUAGAUGUUCCCCUCAUGGGAACCAAAGGGUGUAUAAAUUAUAGUCCCUAUGUUGCAUUGAGACAAUUGGGUUAUCCUAUGAAAAAACCCCCAAUAAUGGAUGUAACAAAAUCUUUUGUUAUUCAUGGACGAGAUGGUUAUGAUGCUAGCUUGUUGAGAAGAAUACGUAAGUCUUGGGAAGAUGUUGUUAGAAGAGGACAAGAAUUAGGACCUAGAAGUUGUGGUAUAGGAGAGGAAUAUCAUAAUUGGGUGAAAAGGAGGGCAUUAGAGGUCAAGUUGCCUUUUCACAGCACCGUCAUUACUCCCGAGGUAGUAACAACAGAAUCUUUUUUUAGAAUCUUUUUUUAG